CAGCUGAGUCAGUCAUUCUCCCGCGGACUGCGACAACAUCAGAAUCAUUUCGCUCUUCACGCGUACGGUGGUGAUAUAAACAUAACAAGUAAUAACAUACAUAAUAAUUGUCUUUCGAUCUUUCCGCGUUGAGUUCUUCUUUGACGAUCAGAAAGAUGGAUACUAAAAUCUUCGCGCUGAUUAUUUUCGUCGGUGUCCUUGGAACCUUUAUGGAGGCCCAAGCGACCCACUUCGGUUAUCCUUAUCCUUAUGGAAAUGGACAACUUCGCGGGCCAACAUCGGUCAAUUUCGACGGGAUAUCCAGGUCAAAGCGAGAAAUUGGUGAUUCGAAUGGUGAGACUACCACCAGUCAAGCGACUACAACGACUCCUUCGACAACAAAUCCUACGACUACACCAUCAUCGACUACAUCAUCGUCAUCAACUACACCAUCAUCGACCACACAAUCAUCGACCACACCAUCAACAUCACCUACGACUACUCCAUCCACCAGUCCAACCACCACACCCACUGAUACUACCACAGAGGCAACGUCUCCUACCACUUCGGCAUCCACUUCCGUUACCACCCCCACGACCACUUCCGCUACUACUCCAUCUACAAGUCCGACAACACCCAGCACAACAACUCCAGAAAGCACGAAAUCAUCCUCCAAGCCGAAGAAAUCGACAGACAACGAUGUUCAAUCGCGCUCGAAUUUCGAUGAAUCCGAAGCCUCGACUAAGAAACCUGGAUCACCGUCCAAGGGCGACAAAACGCCAACUCCUGGACCGUUUGGUCCAGGCAUUCCCGGACCCGGUUUUGGUCCAGGUUUCGACCCCUACUUUGGUGGUUAUCCCGGAUUCAACUCUAUACCAGGUGCCGGCCCGAAUUACGCGUGGACUGGUACAAACAACGGACCAGGAUACUCAUCCGCGGGCGCGUCAGCUGGAAGCUUUGCGGGAGGAUAUCCUGGAUUCUCGGGAGCGAGAUAUCCCACAAUGGGAUAUCCAAAUGCACUAUAUCCAGGAGCGGGAUAUCCGAGGGCAGAACCACCUAUGACUACUGAAUCACCGUCUUUCGAUAAUCGAGGAGGAUUUCAGGAUAAUUCACCGAAUUACGGAAUAGAUCCCUUGUAUAACGCAGGACCCGGAUUUUUCUUCCCCGGACAAUUUCCUAGCUUCAACGAUCCUACUUUUGACAUGAUCAGACAGAUUCAGGCACAGAUCGAGGCACAACAUCAAGCUAACAUGGAAGCCCACAAUCGUUUGGCCAAUGAAGCCGCUAGUUAUGGUGGCGGAAGUUACGGUGGCGGCGUGCCACAGAUUUCGAGUGCCAGCAUUGGUUUAGGUCCAGGUGGCGGUUUCCAAACAGGUCUGAUCAGUCCCGGUGUACCAGGACUAGAGUCCAGAUUCGCUGAAGAGCUUCCUGCACCAUCUGGGAAUAGCUUUGGAGUGUUCGCUAGUUCCAGUUCUUCCAGCAGAACCGGUCCGGAUGGCAAGCAAAUCAAUCAUAAGUCAUCCAUUACCGGUGUCAAUGAUAACGGAAAGGUUUCUUUCCGUACGGUGCAUGAUUAACACACUACACCUUUGAUUGUAUUUCCACACAUCUUACCUUUAACUACUACUUUAUUAUCGCCUAUCUUGUGUGUGUUAUACGAAGUUACCAUGAUAGAGAUAAAUUUUUAUGAUUUAAAGUCUUAAUCCGAGGAUUCAGACUCAAAUAUUUUCCUAAUUAUUACAUAAAUACUCAAGUUUAUUAAAACUAAUAGAUUAAAAAUAAUAGAUCCUUUCUAUGAAAAUCUUUAUAAAUUUUUCUGUGAUUAUUAAUUACGUUGACAGCUUGAUUUUGACUACCUGCUCACGAGUAAGAAUCGCUUGUAAUAUAAUAUUUGCAAGUUUUAAUAAAUUUUCUUACAUUGAUGUUAUACUCGAAUAAUAUCGAGCAAUCAUAUUAACGAUUUUAUAAACAACAUUUAACGACUAUAUGCGUAUAUUCUGCAUUUAUAUUUACACACGCUUAAAGGAAAUAAAUAUUAUAUUUUUUGGAUUA